UGUCCACAUCCCCUGUCCUCGGACGCUUUUUACGCUCACACACUCUUUUUACCCCCUCUCGGAUUGCCCAUUUCGAUCUUUUUCUCCACUCCUCUCCAUCUCCUUCCCUCCAUUCCACACUCCACUCCACUCCUCACUUCUAUCAAGAGGAUAUAAAGGAUACAUACUUAGAUUUCUUGUUCACUCGUCUAUUUUUCCGCCAUGCUCCGAAUCCAGUCCUGCUCUAACAUCUUGCGUCGCACCGCUGCUAAGAAUGCUGCUAGCCGUGCCUUGCACACUUCUCGCCCUGCUAUGCAGGUUUUUGCCUCCAAGCCUUUGAAUGCUAAGGAAUCAUCGAAUCCAAUUACCUCCAAGUAUCCCAUUAUUGAUCAUACCUAUGAUGCUAUUGUUAUUGGUGCUGGUGGUGCUGGUCUCCGUGCUGCCUUCGGUCUUGCUGAGGCUGGUCUCAACACUGCCUGUAUCUCUAAGCUGUUCCCUACUCGUUCUCAUACUGUCGCUGCUCAGGGUGGUGUCAAUGCCGCUCUUGGCAACAUGGGUGAGGAUGACUGGAGAUGGCACAUGUACGAUACUGUCAAGGGUUCUGACUGGCUUGGUGAUCAGGAUGCUAUUCAUUACAUGUGUCGUGAAGCCCCCCAUAGUGUCAUUGAAUUGGAGCAUUAUGGUGUCCCCUUCUCCAGAACUAAGGAGGGCAAGAUCUACCAGCGUGCUUUCGGUGGUCAGAGCUUGAAGUUUGGCGAGGGUGGUCAGGCUUACCGCUGCGCUGCCGUCGCUGAUCGCACUGGUCACUCUAUUCUUCACACCUUGUAUGGUCAGUCUCUUCGUCACAAUACCAACUACUUCAUCGAGUACUUCGCCAUGGAUCUUAUCAUGGAGAACGGCGAGUGCCGCGGCGUUAUUGCUUUGAACAUGGAGGACGGCACUCUUCACCGUUUCCGUGCCCAUAAGACUGUUCUCGCCACUGGAGGUUAUGGCCGUGCUUACUUCUCCUGCACCUCUGCUCACACCUGCACUGGUGACGGUAACGCCAUGGUUGCUCGUGCUGGUCUUCCUCUCCAAGACUUGGAAUUUGUUCAAUUCCACCCUACUGGUAUCUAUGGUGCCGGAUGCUUGAUCACCGAGGGUUCUCGUGGUGAGGGAGGUUAUCUUCUCAACUCUGAAGGAGAGCGUUUCAUGGAGCGUUAUGCCCCUACUGCCAAGGAUUUGGCUUCACGUGAUGUUGUUUCCCGUUCCAUGACUAUGGAGAUCCGUGAGGGUCGUGGUGUUGGUCCUGAAAAGGAUCACAUUUACCUCCAGCUUUCUCAUUUGCCCGCCUCUGUCCUCCAUGAGCGUCUCCCCGGAAUCUCAGAAACUGCCGCCAUUUUCUCGGGAGUUGAUGUUACUAAGGAGCCUAUUCCUGUCUUGCCCACUGUCCACUACAACAUGGGCGGUAUUCCAACCAAAUAUACAGGAGAGGUCUUGACUGUUGAUGAGAAUGGUGAAGACAAGGUUGUUCCUGGUUUGUACGCUGCUGGCGAGGCUGCCUGUGUCUCUGUUCACGGUGCCAACCGCUUGGGAGCCAACUCACUUUUGGACAUUGUCGUCUUUGGCCGUGCUUGCGCACAUCAUAUCCGUGACACCUUGAAGCCCAACACUCCCCACCGUCCCUUGGCUUCUGAUGCUGGUGCCGAAUCUAUUGCCAACCUGGACAAACUCCGUUAUUCUUCCGGCCCUAUCCCAACGGCAGCUCUUCGCUUGAACAUGCAGAAGGUCAUGCAGAACGAUGCCGCUGUGUUCCGUACUCAGUCAUCAUUGGAUGAGGGUGUUGAAAAGAUUGACAAGGUCUUCAAAUCAUUCAAGGACGUUGGUGUUACAGACCGCAGCAUGAUCUGGAACUCUGACUUGGUUGAGACUUUGGAGCUUCAGAACUUAUUGACUUGCGCUGCUCAGACUAUGCACUCUGCUAGCGCUCGCAAGGAGUCUCGCGGAGCCCAUGCUCGUGAGGACUUCCAAGAGCGUGAUGAUAAGAACUGGAUGAAGCACACCCUCUCAUGGCAGAACCAGAAGACUGGCGACGUCAAAUUGAGCUACCGUGCUGUCACUGGCACCACCUUGGAUGAGAAUGAGUGCAAGGCUGUUCCUCCCAAGAAGCGUGUCUACUAACCAUUAUAUAGGCGGAAAAGAUGAUGGAUUCGAGCAUUUUCGUUUUUUUUUCUAAUCGUUUUUUACAAUAAAUAUUGAUUUCCAAC